AUGGCGGCGAGGGCCGUGUCGGCGCGGGGCGCUUGGAACCGGCUGGUUCCCGCGGCGCUGUGGGCGCGGCCGCGCCGCCUGCAGCACGAGGGGCAGCCCCAGGCGCAGCCCGCGCACCCCGACCAGCCCAUACAAAUGGAGAACCCCUAUAAGGAGCCUCCAAAAAGAUGCAUUUUAUGUAAAAUAAAUGUGGACUAUAAGAAUGUGCAGCUUCUUUCCCAGUUUGUUUCUCCUCAUACUGGCUGCAUUUAUGGCAGACAUAUAACAGGCUUGUGCCACAAGAAGCAGAGGGAAGUUACAAAAGCCAUUAAAAGAGCUCAAGUAUUUGGAUUUAUGCCAGUUGUGCUUAAGAACCCACAAUUUCUCACAGACCCCAAGAUAUGUAAUAUCAAGUAUCCAGAGUAAUAUACCGUAAAGAAAUAAAAAAUAAAACUGUGUUUCAUGUUCAAAUA